AUGUGCUGCGGCAGCUUGCGUUCCGGAUCUGCACAAUCAGCCACUGCUACAAUCGAUGGGCGAACUUCUUGGCAGCUUGCCAUGGAUGCAUCUCGAGGCGGCAGAAGCUACUCAGAAACCUCCUUUGCAGCUAUGACGAUGAUGUCUGCAUUCUCCAAGUCCCAGCAAUGGAUGCUUGCAGUUGCAACGAUGCGCGGGGUGCGACAGGUGCAAGUGGAGGCCAACACGAUCAUGUUUGGCUCCGUCCUGGCCAGCUGCUCCAAGAAAGGGCUCUGGAAAGAGCAAGUGCGCUUUCUUGAAGAGAUGUCCCAACAUGGUAUUUCGAGCUCUUCGUGGACCUGGAAUCCAACUAUCACGGGGUGUGGCAAGGCCAACGAGUGGACAACAUCAUUAGCGACUCUGACCCAGGUUCCUCGCCGUACGGUUCUCCUCAGUAACACGUUCAAUGCUGUGAUCAACGCUCUCAGCACUGCAUCGUGGCCAAAAUCUAUACAAAGCUUCAGUACCAUGGACACUCUGCGAGUUCCACGCGACUCCAGAAGCUACACAUCGAUUGCCAGCACUGUUGGGAGCAGUCUUGAAUGGGCAAGUGCCUUGAACCUAUUUCAUGAGCAUGCUCAGAGCAAGCUACAGAUCGACGUGGUCAGUGUGAAUGCUGCCAUCAGUGCAUGUGAAAAGUCGUCGAUGUGGCAGCAUGCGUUGAGCUUGCUUUUCACCGUGCGUCGAACGUCCCGCGAAUAUCUCAGAAAUACCGCCAGCUACAACGGAGUCAUCAGUGCCUGUGGGAAAGGUCUCGCAUGGAGGAUAGCAGUUUCUUUACUCGACGACUCAGCAAAAUCGUCUUUCAUCCCCGACACGAUUUCGUUCAAUGCCGCAUUGAAUGCAUGCGACAAGAGCAGCCAGUGGGUCGUUGCGAUAGACAUCCUCAGAAGAAUGCACGAUGACAGAGUCCAGGUUGAUGCCAUCACCUAUACUUCCGUGCUUGGUGCGUGCGAGCACUCGGGGCAAUGGGAGAUGACACACUUUCUGCUGCACAGGGUCAUUGAUGGCGGCUACGACGAGUGGAAACGUGAAGACAUUGAUUACGUCCACUACUACCAAGCUGGAGCACCUGCAGACUGCCUGAAACAUCUGAUCCUCUGCGCCUUGCUCGAGCACGCAGUGCAGGAAGCGGAGCCGUUUCUGUAUGUUGACACACAUGCUGGGUCGGGCUUGUACGACUUGAGCUCGCAUGAAGCGAUGCGGUUUGAAAACUACCGCAGCGGCAUUCAGAACUUAGCCACUUCUGAACAGGCAACCACUCUGCGCACCAUGCAUGGCUUCUUUAGUGCUGUUCGACGGGCGAAUGUCGCACUUGGAGCAGAAUCGCUUCGCUACUACCCUGGUUCACCGGCUAUCGCACAACAUUUCUUGCGGCCUCAGGAUUCCGCACUGGUUUUUGAAGCAUCCAGGGAAGUGUGCGAAGUCCUCCAAGCCAGCCUGCUCAAGCUAAAGCAGGAUGCCGGCUCUGCUUUGUCAACGACAGUUGUCUGUGCGAACUCCUAUGAAUGGUUCGCCAGGUGUCGUGAAGUCCCUGGAACCUCAUCUUCGAGAGUGCUUGCUCUAGUCGACCCACCUUACGAUUCCGCAAGCUCGUCCGACAAAUGGAAUUUGUUUCUCCUGAAACACCUGACAAUGAGAUGGCCCUCCAGUUGCAUCUUGUUGUGGUGUCCCCACAUCGCCGACCAAGAGAUGACUCGCUUUCAACAGCGUCUGGUCAAUCUGCAAGUGGGUGAUAUACUUGCAGCAGAUGUCAAGACACUCACUGAAGCCUCUGCUGGAAAUCUCGCCGAGUCAAGGUCUUCCGUGCUUGUCGUGAACCCACCUGCUGCUUUUGAGAAGCAGCUGAGCCCGGUCUUGGAGGAAUUGCAGAAGUGCCUCUCAAGCGGCGACUUCUGCCGUUCUGCUUCGACAUCUGUGCAAUUGCUACCGAAAAAGGCUGAAGCUGCAGCAGUUCCCGGGCAAGCUGUGCGCCUGCAGACGCGUGGACAUGCAUCCAUCUUGGGCGGGCUGGUCUGGAAUUACUCCUGGCCUUUGGUGAAUGUACUUCUGGGCACGACCCCCCGAGGGUGGCAGGUCUUGCUCCAGUCACCGUAUGACACCACCACAAUCCUUACCUUUAUUAAUGGGAAGCAAUUCUACUUGCGCAGAAUUGAAUUCACGUCCCCCUCCGAGAACAGUCUGGAUGGGGAAAGUUUCGACAUGGAGAUGCAGCUUGUGCACAACGCAGCUGCAGAUGGCCAACUCCUUGUCACUUCUGUGUUUCUGAAGGUUGGACUUGUGGAGGGCAACGAGUAUCUGAACACGUUCUGGCCACAGUUUCCAUCUACAGUCAGCGAAGAUGGGGUGCAGGCUGAGAUCGCGAACCCCUUCUAUGCGCUUCCAGGUGACCGGUCGCUUUAUGCAUUCAACGGCAGCUCCACGGUCCCUCCUUGCGGGACUGACACCAUCUGGAUGGUCUUCAAGCAGCCGCUGAUGAUCAGCAGGGCUCAACGCGACCUUUACAGGGCUGCACUGAAUCUGAGCGCCCCGACCGGCUUCCUGCGCUUCGGAUCUGCUCCAUCAGGCGUCGUGCAGCCGUGGAACACUGAUUUGGGCAUGAACACUCGGCUUCCGCAGCCUCAGGGGGUGCGGCAGGUUGCAUUCUUUCCGAUGUCGAACCCACCAAGUCAGAUGUCCUUCGACUUGACUAGUGGCCACUUCUGGGGUUUCUUUGGAAUCGGCCUGCUGCUCCUGUCGGUUUCGGUCGGCCUUCUGGCAUUGCUUUGCUUGCUGUGCUCCGGUGGCGCACGUGCCAAGGGCCGUGCACGGAGCAAGGAAGUGUUUCAUCGCAGUGAAGAAACCGACGAGGACCGGCAGCCUUUGUACAGGACACCUGAGCCUGCGCCGACGCAGAUGCAUCGCAUGCCUAUGCCAACACAGCCGCAGUGGCCGGCUAAUGCAGGCAGAGGUAUGAUGACGCGGCCUCAAAUCCCUCAGAUGUCUGGUGCACGUGCGCCUGCGAUGACGCAGCCCAUGAAUUUCGGCGGCGCGCCGCAAACGCGCUUCGUAAUGCGACAGUAG